CCCAGCUUCGGGCUGGCCCUCCGGAGAGGCGGCGUGGCAGCGGGCUGCAGGCAGGCAGAGCGCCGGGCAGCCCUCAGCCAGCGGCCAUGGCGGCAGCUAUAGGGGCUCGGGGGGCGGCGCUGUGCUUGCUCCGGGCGCUGCGGGGUCGCAGCCCGAGCUUCGCAGCCAUGUCAACAGAUGCUCACUGGUUGACUGCAGAGGAGAGGAACCAAGUUAUACUUGACCUUACGGCAGCAGGUUGGUUGGAAUUAAGUGAUAGAGAUGCUGUCUACAAAGAGUUCAUCUUUAAAAAUUUUAAUCAGGCAUUUGGCUUUAUGUCCAGAGUUGCUCUACAAGCAGAGAAGAUGAAUCAUCACCCAGAAUGGUUUAAUGUGUACAACAAGGUCCAGAUAACUCUUACCUCACAUGACUGUGGUGGACUGACCAAAAGAGAUGUGAAAUUGGCCAAUUUUAUUGAAAAAGCAGCUGCCUCUAUGUGAUGUCAUACAAAAAUGGAUGUAAAAUCUGAUAUACAUCCUAUCUGUGAUGUAUCAUGAAGGCAAUUUACAGAAACAAAUCAUGUUGUAAAUUUAGUUUCCCUUAUUACCAAAGUUUAUAAUAUCACUGCUUAAAUACAAAAUGAUUUUCAUUUGGA